AAUUGGCCAAUUCUGUCAGGUUUCCUCCCCCAGACAGAGUCAAUAAAAUCACCUGUCACAGUUUUCUGCCUUCACUUCUGGGUCACAAACUUUUGAGAACAAACAUUUCAGCAGCAAUGGGAUUCAAAGGAGCAGUGAUCUGGAUUUGCUCCUUAGCAGCUUUGUCUUUGCCGACGGCCAAAACCACAGAUGAGACCUCACUCCCUACCUGCAACUCAACUCAGCUCUAUAACAAUCUAUCAGCUGAUCUUAAGCAGGUGGCGGUAGAGUGUGGCGGCAACCUGCUGUCGGUCUGGACUGAACAGCAGAGAACACAACUUCUGCUCUCCCUCAACAAUCUGACUGAGUCCCUGCACAAGCUCCAGCUGAAAGACACAAACAAAUGCCCCAAAGCCAAAGUCCCGGAAAACGGAGGGUUGGUUUGUGUCACAGUUGCCAGCAAGCGUUACUGCAAACCUCUGUGCAAUCAUGGUUAUGACUUUGGCUUCAUCAGGAGAAGCCGUCUGUUUGAGGAGUGCAGCGAGCAGACGCGGUACCAGUGGAGCAGCCAGUACGUCGGAGGAAACGCGCUGGCAGUGUGCAACAAAGAAGCCAUUCAAGUUGCAGGAGCAAAGUCAGCGUAUUUUCCAGAAGGCCAGAACUGCCAGACAACCAAGAGCAACGAGGAGCUGGAGAAAAGCAUCAGUGACACGUUUAGCACAGAGCUGAGGAACCAAGGAAUAGAGGUCCAGCUGGAGGUUCCCAGCCUCCAAUGUCAUGAUUAACCUCAAUGAUUAAAGGCAUUGUACAGA